AUGGUGUCGACGGGCGGUGGCAUCGUGAUUGCUAUUCUGGUUCUGCUCGUUGCAGGUGCCGUAGGAUGGGUAGUCUUUACACAGCUACGUGCUCGCAGACUUGGCCUUCCACCCCCAAGCCUCACGUCAUAUCUACCAUGGCAUAAAGAAGACAAUGGAUACGGACCACCCCAGCCUGCGCCAGGAGGUAUUGCUGGCUGGUUCAAUGACCAGGUUCGCAAGUUCAAGAACCGCAACAACCGCUCCGCCGCAGGUGCCUACGAGCAAUCUGGCGGUGCGCCCCGCGGCCGUCGUGGUUUCGGUCCGCUCGAUCCGGAUGAGGCGUGGGACUCGCGCGUUGGAAACGAAGCGGAUGCGUACGGAUACUAUGAGGAGGAAGUUGGUGGCCGCGGCCGGGAUACCGGAUACGGCGGAGGCUACAACAUGAACCUCGCAGCGACACCAGCAGUAUCGGGUGGACGAGGCCCGGGCGACGAUGAGGAGGACCGAGGCAGAAGGGCAAGCAGAAGUCCCGCAUCGGGACCCGGAGGACGGAACCCUUUCGAUGACGACGCAGGUUCGAGUUUGCGUGGCGUGAGCCCUCGACCUAUCGACACAGGGUUUUCAAAGCCCAAGAACAGAAGCGGUAGUGCCGAGAGCAGUCCAACAGAGCGACGGUCUAUAUUCAGGGAGGAUGUAUAA